AUGUCGAAGUCCAGUGCAGUCCCCGAAGGCGCACCCCCAGGCCCUCUGGCCCAUGGAGGAUCCUCGCCCUCGGUCAAUCGCCUCGAUUUAUCGAUCAGCGGUUUGGCAAAGCGGACCGGACACCGGAGUGAAUCUACCGAAAAAGAUCCCGUUAUCAAUAAUCGCGAGGAAUCCAUUGAAGAGGGGCUGAAGCCGAGUUAUGAUCAUACGCACCGAAAACUCAAACCCAGACAUGUCCAGCUUAUUGGCAUUGGCGGCGUAAUUGGCACGGCAUUGUACGUUCAAAUUGGUCAAAGUUUGGCACAAGGAGGUCCUGGGAGUCUCUUCAUUGCAUUCACAAUAUGGUGCGCUGUUAUAUUAUGUAUAACCGUUUGUCUGGCCGAGAUGGUCACAUACUUGCCGCUUUCUUCGCCCUUUAUUACCUUUGCUGGACGCUAUGUCGAUGAUGCUUUUGGAGUCGCCGCUGGCUACAAUUUUUUCAUCUUCGAAGCCGCGAUGGUGCCGUUUGAAGUUACUGCAAUCAACCUGGUCAUCAACUACUGGACCAGUGCAAUCCCAUUACCAGCGCUGAUUGUUGUCGUACUUGUUCUCUUUGUGUUCCUAAAUGUUUUUGCUGUGCGGUGGUACGGAGAGUCCGAGUUUUGGCUCGCUCUUAGUAAAGUUCUACUCAGCAUAGGUCUAAUCCUGUUCACGUUCAUUACCAUGGUGGGCGGCAACCCGAUCAAGGACCGCUUCGGGUUUCGGUUUUGGAACGAACCCGGCGCGUUUGCAGAAUAUUACAAAGAAGGCAGCUUGGGAAGAUGGCUGGGAUUCCUCGCGUGCUUGAUCCAAGCCAGCUUCACCAUUGCAGGACCCGACUAUAUCUCGAUGGCUGCUGGUGAAUCUAUCAAUCCCCGAGGAAAUCUACCGAAGGCAUACAAUGGAAUGUUUUACCGCCUCACUACAUUUUUCAUCCUGGGAGCGCUCUGCGUCGGCAUCCUUGUCCCGUACAAUGACAAGACAAUGUCUGAUGCCUUUGAUAACGGUGCACCUGGAGCGGCGGCGUCCCCCUAUGUGAUUGCAAUGGACCGUCUCGGUAUCCCUGUACUACCACACAUUGUCAAUGCUAUGAUUCUUUUGGCCGUGUUUAGUGCAGGGAACAGCUACGUUUAUUGCGCCAGCAGAACGCUAUUUGGUCUUGCUCUUGACGGGAAGGCGCCGCGCAUUUUUGCUAGGUGCACAAAAGCCGGGGUCCCUGUAUACUGUGUGGGCGCUGUUCUUCUGAUUGCCCUGAUCUCGUUUCUCCAAGUCUCUAACAGCGCGUCGGUAGUGCUAGAUUGGAUUGUCAGUCUGGUUACUGCGUCGCAACUCAUCAACUUUUCUGUCAUCACCUUCACGUACACCCGCUUCCGCAAGGCUCUCAUUGCGCAAGGCAUUCCCCGCGAAUCCCUUCCAUAUAAGAGCUGGGGGCAACCAUACGUUGCGUAUAUCGCGUUAGUAUCAACAACAGUUAUGGCAUUUGUUGGAGGUUAUGAGGUUUUCUUGCCCGGGAAGUGGAACGUGCCGACAUUUCUCUUCUCGUACACGAUGAUUGGCGUUUUCCCUGUGCUCUACUUUGGAUUCAAGUUUCUCCGCCGAACGUCGAUUAAGAAGAUUGAAGAAAUCGAUAUCAUUACGGGUUUGGAGGAAAUUGAGGAAUAUACCAGGAAUUACAUCCCUGAGCCGGCGAGUAACCCCAUCUCGAGAUUCGGCGACUGGUUGUUCAGUUAG